AAAGUGUGAUUACGGUAUUACCCAUAUCGCUGUUGUGCUCCUUUUCUUCGUCAUUGCCCGCCUUUGCUUAACCCCAAUUCUCCUUUGUGCUCUGUCAUUCUUCUGUCUAUAUAAUAUAUCUUUCUUCAUCACUCAAACAUCUCCAUACUUUUAUUUAUCACACCCACAAAACUUUCCGCACCAAAAUAUCUGUUAUUCAUCCAUGACGCUUGGCUCUUCAGGAUCCACUGUCGUUGUACCGAGGAACUUCAGAUUGCUGGAGGAACUUGAAAGGGGAGAAAAAGGGAUUGGAGAUGGCACAGUUAGCUAUGGAAUGGACGAUGGUGAUGACAUUUACAUGCGCUUUUGGACUGGUACCAUUAUUGGCCCCCAUAAUACUGUACAUGAAGGAAAAAUUUAUCAAUUGAAGCUGUUUUGCGAUCAAGACUACCCAGAAAAGCCCCCAAGUGUUCGGUUUCAUUCACGGGUCAAUAUGACUUGUGUUAAUCAUGAAACUGGAGUGGUUGAAUCAAAGAAAUUUAGUCUUCUUGCAAAUUGGCAACGAGAGUAUACCAUGGAGGAUAUACUGACCCAACUGAAGAAGGAAAUGGCAACUCCACAUAACCGGAAACUUGUCCAGCCUCCAGACGGUACCUUCUACUAGUCUCCAAGAUCGUACAGAUAUUGGAUCUUAUUGCAUUUGCACUUGCAGUAUGCAAUAUAUAACAUGCAAUACUCUGGAUCCUUCUGAAUUCAAGAACAUACAGGGAAAUGCCCAAAAAAGCUUCAUCUUUCCCUCCUUGGCUUUAGAGUUGUUUUGUUGUCUUACUUUGUCAGCUGUGUUUAAGGGAUGCUGUCUGAUUAACGGGAUAAUUGCAACUCCUGAAGUUGUAUUCCUUUCGAACUAUAACGAUGCUUUUAGGCGUUUGUUCGUUAUAACAAAAAAAAUCUAGCAUGGCUAUUUUCUGAACAUCCUUUUCCU